AUGUCAAUAGACACAGGUGCGAACAUUCCGUUUUGCCUGUUUGGUGCACAUGUAGGGAAGCCAUCAAUUACAGCAUCAGUAAUUCCGAAGACAUCUCAGAUAAAUAUUUAUACUGAGCUUGAUCAAAAUGGAGGAUACAAAUGUGGCACCACAUGCUCUUAUUCAAACUCUCUACAUUUCUUUACAAAUGUUAUACCUAAACAUGAAGGCCAUGCUGAAUUAGACUUUACAUAUACCGGAAAGAUGGAUAAGAUAAGCAAUUCAAACUGUACAGUUGAAUUUGCUGGAUAUGCUAUGGCAAGUGAAAGUGGAAUUAAGUAUUCUUUACCAGGCCACAAACCAGAAAAUGUCAAAUGUUCCGCUCAAUUGCAAGCGAACAAUAAGCCACUUAUAUUCGGAAUCGUUGCAGUAGCUAUUAUUGGAAUAGGUGCAGCAAUUGUAUUAACUGUUUUGAUUUCUAAAUCUUAUAUCAAGACAAGGGAUGAUGAGGGAUAUUUGAUCGAUAAAACAGAUAACAAUGAGGAAAUGGAACUAAUGAAGCUCGGAGUCAAUGAAAAUCCAACUCCUAAGAAACCAAUAAAUCUUUCAGAAAUUCCUCGUUUCGUUAACGAUUAG